UGUAUUCUCACUCCUUGGAAAGGUUACAAAAUGCUACGUUAAAACAUAAACUUUUUGGUCCCUCAAAACCCGUUUGGCCCCAACAAAACCUUAGGGGUGGAACCUUCCUUGACUGCAACAACUUAAGUGUAAAUUAAACACCAUUAGCAUCCAUAGACAACACUAGUCCAAGGGUAGAUGGAUAGAUGUCGAGGGUGUGAUUUAAUCACCAAUUGAAUACCACGGUCGAUGAAACUGUACUUGUGAUAGCUAUCUCAAAGAAUGUAGAAUUUCGUCACAGACACACUCCUCGUCCCCAUUCUUGGUUGUGGCAUGCUUUUUGACCCAUAUUAUACCCAGCUAUACACAGGUGCCUCUGUCAAUUUGCAGCUGAUGCAAGACAUGUAGACGCCGCUGAUCAAUGCUUAUCUCCGAAUCUGGAAGCAAAUACACGGCCAACGAUAUUUACCGGUACCUGUUCGGUACUUGAACUUCCACCCUAUCUUGUAGUUGGCUAAUGUCCACGGCAUUAGGUAAACAAUGAGAAAGCACGUGAUUAAAUGCACCAAAGGGACCACCCGGCACGUGUUGCACACCCAAUUAUCUCCAUUGUCAUGUUACUAACCUCUAGCAUCAAAGUGUUCUCGAGAAUAACAGUAUAGCCUAGGCUCAAUUAUCUGUUUUCACAAUCGUUUUAUUGUGCAACACUGUCAAGUACUUUAUUUUUCAGAAAUACUGAUUUGUGUUUCCUUUUAAACUUAGUCUACAAACCCCAAGUCUGGCGUUCAUUUGCCCUUGGCUGUUUAAAGUAGUUCUUCGCAUUCAUGCAAACGUGUUGUAAGUGUUUCCGCCUAUGAAGCAAACGCAUUCCCCAAUAUCGAAAGCUCUUUGAUAUUGCCAAGCAUUGUCAAUAACGCAAUUUUUCUACCUUCUUUCUCGUUGUGAAGGUUAGAAUUUAACACCGCUUACAUGGCGCCAGAGGACCUCAGUUAAGAUGGAGGACAAACACGCCAACUUUCAUCGGGCCUCCAGGCGCUGCCUGACAGUGGAACCUAUCCUGAUCUUCAUCGACUGCGUCCAGGGCGCGCUCGUCACUUUACGAUCCCAGUACAUCGAGCAUCGGCUAGCUGAUGAAUACAACUACACCCUCCCGACAAGUCAGAACAGCUGCGCCAGUCAGGACCCCACUGAUAAGUAUAUCGAGGACCAAACAUCAACCUGGGUGACUUGGAUGAAGGAUAUGUCGGUCUUUCCACCGAUAGUUGUGGCCCUAGUGCUCGGCGCAGCCAGUGAUUUUGUCGGGAGGAGACCCAUGUUCAUCAUCAACGCCACCGGACACUUCUUGGGAUCGGCAGUGUUUCUUGUGAUCGCCAUCUUCAAGCUGCCGCUCCCGUUGCUCAUCGUAGGGGAAGCCAUGCUUGGCUUGGCUGGCGAUGCCGUCUUCACUGCCAUCAUAGCCGAAGCCUACGUGGCCGACAUCUACGUGGGUAAAGCUCGCACAUUCCGCCUGGUCAUGUUAGAUGGCAUCAUCCAGUUGUCUUAUGGCAUCAUCCAGUUCGCCAUUGGCGAAAUUCUCCAGUCUACGGGUAUCGAUUUCAUCCUCGUUUACUCCAUAACCGUAGGCAUAGCUCUCGCCAACCUCCUGUACACCGUCGUCCCGUUCUUUGUCUUGGAGACGGUGAAACGGAGACCGUUUCCUCGAGGAGUGAUCAAGGAGCUGGUCAUGAACAUCAUGUCCCUCUUCAGUAGUUCCCACGCUGGACGUAGGUGGCGCCUGGUGCUCCUCCUUGCCAGUGCUUGCCUGUGGACCCUCGUGUUUGGCAGUGCCGGGGGUAACAUCACCAUCUAUGGCCUGUCUCCACCUUUCUGUUGGACGCCUCAGAUCGUGGGAGCGUACGGUGCCAUCAUCAACGGUCUGACAGCAGUUGUCGCUAUUGUCGCAGUACCAGUGUUUCGGCUUUGCAUGUCUUCAUACUGGAUGGUGUACAUCGGUUUUAUAUCCGGCAUCGGCUACAUGAUAACUACGGCACUGGCGCCUACAACGCUCUGGCUGGCCUUCCUAGCUCCUGUCAUUGGCAUGUUCUACCUUGUUCCCUUGCCGAUCGUGAAAACCAAAAUCUCGGAACAAGUUGACGACAAAGAACAAGGUGCUGUGUUUGGAUGUGUGGCCGUAGUGAUCAGCUUAGCUCGGUUCGUCUCGCCCAUAUUACUCAACGGCAUCCUGAAACUUGAGCUUAACAAAGAAUACAAUCCUCAGCCUACAGUCACGUACUACACGGGAGCUGGCAUACUGAUACUGCCUAUUAUAAUCAAUUUGGUUCUUCACGUUUUCCAGCCUAAAGCAAGCAGUUAUGUCAACCUGGACUACAGUGAUACAGCAGCGUUUGCUCACGAGGACGAGGUUGACACUUAUGCACACCCGGCCAAUUGCAUCAACACUCAGUAACGACCUUUUCGAUAGAAGUACAAGAGUUCGCUUAUGGCACAGACUUGGAUGACGGCUAAUCUUUCCACCUUGGUGCCAAAUCUCCUUGAAGAUACGGUAUGAAAUCCAACGCCUAUUAUAAACGCGUUUUUGCUUUAAAUGUAAACAUGUAUCCGAUAAAAAAAAAAGACUGAUGGAAAUUUGUUUCGGUAUUCAGAAAGUGUUGCCACCCAAUAAACGUGUUUUGGUGUCAAAUUAGACUUGAAAUCAAGUUGGGAAUUGGCCGAGUGUGGUCCACCUUCCUAGGGAUGCGUUCGCGGUGCGGUUCGGAGUGCAGUUUUUAAUAACACGCGGGAACGUUCGGUCAGUGCAACCUCGCUCCCUAAUAUGCGUGUUAGGUAGCGCCCGAUUACCGACUUGAACAAUUUGCAAGCCCUUUUGUGUAUAACAUAUGGGGCUUGCUAACAGAAUUGGACAGAGCAGAAUCCCGAUUACAUGAAUAUUUAUUUAAGGGGCAGUUUGAUUGGUCAGCUGAACGUUCAUUAGCAACCACAGUCUUGUUGAAGAGGGUGUUUACUUUAUUCUAAAAAGAUGAUUUACCAUAAAAGCAUCGGGGUUUUUCUACCAAAAAAGGUAGUUAAUAGAUUUGUUCUUGGAAAUACGCGUACUUUGUCUUUAAGCAUCGUAUCAAAAGGGAUAUUAAUGGAAGAUAUGAAAGAAACUGGCACUAAUCAAAGAUACUAAUCCUUAGGAUGAGUAUGUUAUGUAGUGUGAGCUACGAUUGGCGCGCUCCAUGGAAACGUAUGGAUAUGUAGUGUAGUUGUUGCAACACGAAUACCAUCCAUAAUCAGGUUGAUCGAUCAAGUCGUCAGGUGCGCAUCGAAACCCGGUACUGAGUAGCCCACGACCAUGCGCCGUGUCUGGACUGAAUCAGCACUGCACGCCGGAUCGCGGGCAACGGUGAACAGGCUCAGCACUAAUUGUAAAACGACGCAGCACGCUGGCUCAUAUUGUACUGGACGAAAAACACGACCGACUAACGACUUGAUUUAAAGUCUACACCCAAAUGUGUCAUUGUGUCUAAAUUUAUAACACAUCAAAACGUAGUUCUUUAAAAAUAAACACCACAACGUCUUCUGCUUUGGAUCAUUGGCACCACAACUCGUUCAUAAAGUGUUCGUAAAGGGCAGGGUCUAAAGGCCAUAAAACAUUAAUACUUGUUUUUACAGUGUAAACGCUUACAAACAGAACCCCAUCACACCUCACAUGACCUAAACUUGAUUGAGGUUGAAUUUCGGUGCACACCUUAUCAAUGGAUAUUUUAUUUCCUUAUUAACUUUUGACAACUAAGCUACAGUUCGACAUAACUUCAACAAAGACGUCAGUCCAAUUUGUAAUUGAAAAACAAUCCGAAAAAAAACCUGAAAGAGGUUUGGGCCCAUUGGCAAAUGAAUCCACACACGACAUCUCUGACAUGAGCCCUCAUUGCAAAGAAACAAGCGAUAUUCACCAUAGAACAAAGAAUCGGAAAAUCUGCCAGAAGCCGGCGUCGUCCGCAAUAGUAUGAUUGUUCAAAAGAACAUUCUGUAGGCCUAAAGGUCAAAGUUCGGUGUGAAUUGAGUUUUCCAUCAUCGACUUGGAAAAUGCGACCCCUGUGUUCUGAGAAGCACAUGCCUACGAGGGCAAUUUCAUUGUCCUGAUGAAAAAAGGGCCGAAUCGGGUGACAAGACGUGGCUUCGUUAGGCGACUUUGAGAGGAUGGUUGGUAAUUAAAAUUUUGUCUUCUUCAUCACCACUCCUUUAAGAAAGAUUAAAAGACCUGAAGCCGCUGCUGAUUUGUACGUUGUUCACGUAUAUGUUUUUAAAAUUUCGAUAAGCCUGAAUGUUUCACUUUUUCCUCCGUGGAUGGCAUUAUUUGCCUCACAGUAAUUCUAAGAUACUAUCUAAACAUUUCAUGUGUGUUCAACACACCACCUACAUUUCUAGUGAAAUAUGGUUAUCAAGAGUUUUGCAAAUUUAGCGAUUAAAAUGAUUUCAAAACAGAGGACAUGAAAUGCUAAACCUACUCAACUUCAUCGCAUCCCGCAAAAACUUUUAUCAUGAAUUUGUCAGCAUGUGAGAUGUCUAUUUGUUUACUGCUGCACGUGUCUUGAGAGCGAUACCUGAUUGAUUAAUCAACAUGCUGUAUCUAUCGACCAUCAUCUCCAUCCGCCCUGACUGCAUGCGCUUUUGACAACUAUGAAGGGUUGUA